UGUAAAAUACAUGUACAAUAUUUGAUAUAACAUGACAAGACAUUGGAUUAUGAACAAAAUAAAACGUACAUGCAUUACACUGGUAACCAUGUAGGUCGAGACCUAUUAUAUGGCACCAGAUAAUAUGGGUUGUGUCGUCGGGGUGCCGGCGACAUGCGCACUAAGUGGGCCGACAGUUUGCACAACGGCAGAAAGUGACGAAAGUGCACAUGUCGUCGACAUCCAAACGAUCCAACCUGUCAAAAUAAUAAACAUUAAGGGACGAUUUAUCUCAUUGGACCAACGGUUACUGAUUUGUGCGAUGUUAUCGUCUUUCGAAUGAUCGAGAGCCUGACCCCGACCAGAAUUAAAUGCAUUUUUCAGAACAAUACACUUGAAAUAUUCAUCCCUUAAUUGCGUGAGCACUCUAAUUUGCAAUUACCCUUUUAUUAUUAAUUGGCACCACCAAAAUGUGAUCAGCAUGAUCCAGUCUUCACCAGGCUUAGCAGAUAUUCCCUUGGAUCCAAACAGGUCGGAGCCGUUUUUAAAGGUUGGUUCUGGUUCUGGAGUUGUUCUAGGAGUUCAUUAAGCAGAGAAACAUCAUUUGACUUGGUGGAGCUAAUUUGUAGCCGAGUCUUGAUCUCUGGAGAAAGAACACUCUUUUGAUAUGUUAGCAAACAGCUGCCUCGUCGUAUUCCUUCUUUCGCAGGUGAAACUUGCCGCAGGGGUAACAACAAAAUGCAUUUCACCAAAGCCAAUCGCUUUCUGGCCGCUAGAUGGCACUCACCAAACCAAUGACGUAAGCGGAUACAACCACCACGCAACUCCGUUUGGCGUUUCCGUUUCCACCGGUUUCAACAACAUUGCGAACGCGGCGUAUGAGUUCCAAGGAAACACCAACUCCUAUCUUAAGAUCACCAGAACCCCAAUGCUCGACGUUGGGGCAACCGGAUCUUUCUCCUACGCGGCGAUGGUGUACCCUACAUCCAACACAGGUUGCUUCAUCGAGUGGCCGGUCGCCGGUGCAAUUGGGCCGUACAUUUGGAACUUCCCUGGCAAGUGUGUCCUGAUCUACUGGAAUGCCCGGCCUGGCGAAUCCGGCGCUGCCACCAACAUUAACAACAAACCGGCACUCACUCUCAGCAAGUGGACGUUCCUGGGUGUUGUCUACGACUACGGGACGGGCACGAUGCGGAUAACCCUGGACACAACCACCACGACCCUAGUACUCUCCAAGGUCAAAGGGUAUACAAAUGUUCCAGAAGUCUACAUUGGGAAGAGGCCGUUUGGUGCAUACGCUUCCUCGAGCUACUAUAAAGGCAAGAUGGCGAAUGUGAUGCUGUGGAACCAGGCUUUGACCGAAGAUGAGAUGAUGAAGAUUAAAGACUUCGAUGAAAAGAAAGUAGUUCGGGUGGCGACAUCGAACAACGCCUUCACAGGCUACAAACCAUUUAUCAACAAAGCCUCUGAUAGGACGAUUGUCUCGUCGGCUGUGAUUGGUACUCAGACUGAGAACAACGCGAUCCUGUGUGCCAUUGCCUGCAUAAAUAAGAGUCAGACCUGUGUUACCAUAGGAUACGCGAAAGCAACCAGGGAGUGUAAAAUGAGCGAAAAGAAGUUCGAAUCUGGAGUCACUGAUGAGGCAUUGGCUGGAUCAGUGAUCUAUGAGAUUUCCGCGGACUGUUAGAUCUAGGAGUUUUGCCCGCACUGAUUUCAAACUGUUCUUAAUGGGGGACUAUAGGCAUUUAGUAGGGUCAAAUGCGCGGUCUCAGCUGGUGGUGAAUGUGUUAGCUGUAAGGAGACUGGAUUGUAUUUGAUUCAACGAUAAACAAUUCCUCGUAAGUGUAAAUAGUUUCACUUCUCUUUGAGAUAGGAGAUACCCCUAUCGCUGACUUUAUGUUACUUGUAAUCUCACCUUCAUGUGACUUAUAAUCUCACCUUCAUGACUCUUGCCUCGAGACACCCUUUGAUAAAGUUGACGACGUUGAGUAUGCCUUAAACACUUCGUAAUUUACUCAGCUUUCAUAUUGUGACAACCGAGAAGGAAGUACACAUUGAUGACGAUAUUCGAUCAUCUCUAAGAUUGCCAAGUGAAGGGCGACAUUUUUUUAAUAACCUUUUAUCACCACUUUACCAUCAAUCCUAAUCUCAAAUAUGUAUAUGUAUGAAAUUCGCUCUGUAUCUAUUGUUUUCUUCUUCUUGGUGUUCGAUGUUCUUUUUAUGGCUAUAUUAUGGUUCUUGUAAACCUGCCCGUGGCUGCCUUCUCGUGUUCCUCAAUUCAUACCCGUUGAAGAAAUGUAUCUUGUCUCAGAUUUAUCUAGAUUUUGUACAAAAUG